AUGGAGAAAGAGAGCAUGGAAGAAGGGCUUGCAGACAUUACAAGGCCUCUUCUUCUUGGUGAAAGGGAUGUCAUCAAAUGUAGCAAACCAACGGGUGAUUCCUCCAUUACUCCACUUCUUUUCCUCAGCUGCAGUGUUGCCUUAGGGGGCAACUUCUGUUACGGACUUGCGGCUGGCUAUUCCUCAGCAGCUGAAUUUGGAAUGAUGGCAGACUUGGGCAUGUCUAUUGCAGCGUACUCAGUUUUUGGCUCAAUAUUGACAAUAGGAGCAGCGAUAGGUGCUGUUUUAAGUGGAAAGAUAGCGGAUUUCGUUGGCCGAAAACGAAAUGCAUGGUGGGUCGAUAUUGGAAGACUGUCAAUUGGAUUCGCAGCUGGACUUAAUACUUUUGUGGUACCUAUGUAUAUUGCGGAAAUAGCACCUAAGAAUAUUCGAGGUCGAUUUAUAGCAGCCAAUCAUGCAUCAAUUGGCCAUAAAGAAGACUUUGUAGGUGCUUUGCAACGCCUUAGAGGAGCGAAGGAGGAUAUUUCUCAAGAAGCAACUGAAAUCAAACUGCCAGCAGCUAUUUUGGGAGUAUUCUUAAUGGAUAGAUUUGGAAGACGGCCUCUUCUUGUGGUUUCUUGUGUUGCAUCAUGCCUGUGUAUGUCCACUAUCGGAUCAUCAUUCUACUUACAGGAACACCAUUACGCCAAGGAGCUCACUCCAUCGUUGGUAUUUCUUGGAAUACUGGGUUUUGGUUAUGCGUUCCCAAUAGGCAUGUCAGGGGUACCAUGGGUUAUAAUGUCAGAGAUAUUUCCUUUAAACGUCAAGGCAUCAGCUGGAAGCUUGGCAAAUUUAGUCAGUUGGUCCUGCUGUUGGCUUAUGACAUAUGCCUUUAAUUUUAUGCUGCAAUGGAGCUUAGCAGGAACAUUUUUCUUCUUCGCUAGCAUGUAUGUUGUCGCAUUUCUAUUCGUUUGGAUGUUGGUACCGGAGACUAAGGGACGUUCAUUGGAAGAAAUACAAGCAACAUUACUUGCUCCAGUUCCACGAGAGUUCUAA